AUGUUUCUCAUUGGAAUGAAUGGAAAUGCAUUCAUUCCAGCCCGAAAAUGAAAAUGCAGUAUGUUUACCCUAUGUUUCAAAUGUUUAAGUAUGUUUGGCCACAAUAUUUCUUCAAAAAUUUUCUUUGUACAGCAAAGAGGUUCUCUUGUGGUUGCGAGAAAACUUUGCUUGUGCUUUUUUUUUUUUUUCAAUUGUUUGUGUGAUUUACUGAUGAAUUUCUCCAUUGUGCUACACAGAUCUGGUGAUAAUGACGAACUAAACUAAGCUUCUUUAAGCGCCUUUCCUGAAAUCGAGACGGACUCAAACAAACUGAAAAGUUGAAGGCGGGACAAUUGAGCUACCGUAACCCAACGACACUAAACACGUGGCAGCCCUCGCCCUCGUUUGCGUUAUCAAAUGCCCAAAAACAGCAAAGCCGUCAAGAGAGAGCUUGACGACGAUGUCACAGAGUCGGCCCGGGACCUGCUUUCCAACGAGGACCCCUGCGACGAUUCCUUCAAGAAGAGCUCGUUGAUCAUUGGCGGCCAUGACGCCGACGGCAAGGAGCGCGACGUGGAGGAAGGUGGCUCCGACGGCGACGAGGAGGAGGAGGAGCGGCCGGCCUGGAACAGCAAAUUGCAGUACAUCCUGGCCCAGGUGGGCUUCUCCGUAGGCCUCGGCAACGUCUGGAGGUUCCCCUACCUGUGCCAGAAAAAUGGCGGCGGAGCGUACCUGGUGCCCUACUUGAUCCUGCUCGUGUUGAUUGGCAUCCCGCUUUUCUUCCUGGAGCUGGCAGUCGGUCAGCGCAUCCGUCGGGGCAGCAUCGGCGUGUGGAACUACAUCAGCCCUCGACUGGGGGGUAUCGGCUUCGCGAGCUGCGUGGUGUGUUUCUUCGUGGCUCUCUACUACAAUGUCAUCAUCAGCUGGAGCCUCUUCUACUUCUCGCAAUCCUUCCAGCAACCGCUGCCGUGGCACCAGUGUCCGCUGGCCAAGAACAGGAACAGCACAUGUACUGUUGUGGUGCCUGAGUGUGAGAAGAGUUCGGCCACCACCUACUACUGGUACCGCGAGGCCCUGGACAUCUCCGACAAGAUUUCAGAGAGCGGAGGACUUAACUGGAAGAUGACGCUGUGCCUGCUGGCCGCCUGGUCUAUGGUCUGCCUGGCCAUGAUUAAGGGCAUCCAGUCUUCCGGGAAGGUGAUGUACUUCAGCUCGCUGUUCCCUUAUGUGGUGCUGAUCUGCUUCCUGGUACGCUCGCUACUCCUGGAGGGCUCCAUGGACGGGAUUCGACACAUGUUCACGCCCAAGCUGGAGAUCAUGCUGGAAGCCAAGGUGUGGCGCGAGGCGGCCACGCAGGUGUUCUUCGCGCUGGGUUUGGGCUUCGGCGGUGUCAUCGCCUUCUCCAGCUACAACAAGCGUGACAACAACUGCCACUUUGACGCCGUGCUGGUGUCCUUCAUUAACUUCUUCACGUCGGUGCUGGCCACCCUGGUGGUGUUCGCCGUCCUCGGCUUCAAGGCCAACAUCAUGAACGGCCAAUGUGUGGCGGACAACGGCAGAAAGAUUGCGGCUCUGCUGGGCAACGGUAUCGAGGCCAACCUGAUCCCCAACCACAUCAACCUCAGUCACAAAGUGAGCGUGGAUGACUACCAUCAGAUGAUCGAGAUCAUCAGAGGCGUCAAGGAGGGCAACUUUGACAAACUGGGACUGGACUCCUGCCACAUCGAGGACGAGCUCAACAAGGCAGUGCAGGGCACAGGCCUGGCGUUCAUUGCCUUCACCGAGGCCAUGACGCAUUUCCCGGCCUCUCCCUUCUGGUCCGUCAUGUUCUUCCUCAUGCUGAUCAACUUGGGCCUGGGCAGCAUGUUCGGCACCAUCGAGGGCAUCCUCACGCCGCUCAUCGACACCUUCAAAGUGCGCAAGGAGCUCCUGACCGUGGGCUGCUGCGUGCUGGCCUUCUCCCUCGGCCUGGUGUUCGUGCAGCGUUCGGGCAACUACUUUGUGACCAUGUUCGAUGACUACUCGGCCACGCUGCCGCUGCUCAUCGUGGUCAUCCUGGAGAACUUGGCCAUCGCCUGGUUCUACGGCAUCGACAAGUUUUUUGCGGACCUGGAGGACAUGCUGGGCUUCAAGCCGUACCGCUUCUACUACUACAUGUGGAAGUUCAUCACUCCCACGCUGCUGCUGGUGCUGCUCGGCUCCAGCUUCGUCCAGCUCAUCAUGACGCCGCCCAGUUACAGUGCCUGGAACCAGGAGCAGGCUCGGGAGAAGCUGGUGGGCUUCCCUCCGUGGGGUGUGGCUUUGUGUAUCUCCCUUGUGGUGGUGGCGGUGUUGCCCGUGCCGGUGGUCUUUAUGCUGCGCUACUUCAACGUGAUCGACGACGGCGCCGGCGGCAUCUCGACCGUGUCCUACAAGAAGGGCCACAUCAUCAAGGAGAGCGCUGGCGCAGCCGGCGAAGGCGACGACGCCGCCAGCCUCCUUCACGCCAAGACCACACCGAGCGAGGCGCCCUCGCCCAUGCCCGCCAACGGCAUCUACCGCAAGCAGAGCGGCGGCGGGGGUCCCGAGUCCGACGCCGCACCCAAUGGUCGCUACGGCAUCGGCUACCUGAUGGCCGACGUGCCGGACAUGCCCGAGUCAGACUUGUAGAGUGGCCCCCUUCUUCCCGUCUAGUCAUCCGUGUGUGUACCG